CCGGCGGAAGAUUCACGUCGGGACCCGGAGGGCAGAGUGGGGUUGUGGCAAGGUUCCCCUCUCUGUCUCCCUGCUGCUCCUGGUCCCGAAACCAUGGCAAAGCUGCUGAAGACUCUCCGUAAUCAUUGGAAGAAAACAGUGGUAGCGGUUUGCGCACUCGGCUGGGGAGUGAACUGGAUACACAACCGGCACCGAGACGAUCUCUUGCGUAGGGUGGCAUGUGAAGAAGCACAGGUAUUUGGAAACCAGCUUCAGCCUGUCACUGCAAAGGUGAAGAAAGCCACUGUCUUUCUCAAUCCUGCUGCUUGCAAAGGAAAAGCAAGAAAUCUCUUUGAAAGGAAUGCAGCUCCAAUUUUACAUCUUGCUGGGCUUGAUGUAACAGUAGUUAAGACGGAUUAUGAGGGCCAAGCAAAAAAGCUGCUGGAGCUGAUGGAAGACACUGAUAUCAUUGUUGUUGCUGGAGGUGAUGGCACCUUACAAGAGGUAAUAACUGGUCUUCUUCGCAGGGAGGAUGAGGCUACCUUUAGUAAGAUCCCCAUAGGAUUUAUUCCAUUGGGAAAAAUGAAUUCUUUGAGCCAAGCACUUUAUCCUGCCAACAAAGAACAGGUCAGACACAUUUUAAAUGCCACACUGGCAAUUGUUAAAGGUGAGACUGUUCCCCUGGAUGUGUUGGAAAUAAAGGGUGAUAAAGAUCGUCCGGUGUUUGCAGUGACUGGGUUGCGAUGGGGAGCGUAUAGGGAUGCAGCUUCUAAACUCUCAAAAUAUUGGUACCUUGGACCUCUCAAAGACAAGGCAUGUCAUCUGUUCAGUGUAUUUAAAACUUGGCCACCAACACGCCAGGCCUCCAUUGUAUAUCUGGGCCCCACAGAGAGACCACCAGAGCAAACUGAGGAGAAUCACCCACGGCCCAGUCUGUGGCAGCGGAUACUUAAAAGGCUGGAAUUGUACUGGGUGACUCCCAGAGAGGUGACAUUGGACCCAGUGAAACCGGAGCACUGGGAGGAAGUAGAGAAGCCAGCAGUGGAAGUGACCAUCAGUACCCUCAAUAAACAUGCAGACCUAAAGCGUACUGAAGACGCCAUGAAUAUUUGUAUAGAACCAGAUACCAUCAGCAAGAGGCAGUUUGUUACUACAGGGAGUCAGAAGCUGACUGAUCCACACUCAUGCCCUGAAGGCAGCCACACUCUCCGAGCCAGUGUAUGUAAACUGCACCUACCAAAGGGAACGGAAGGUUUUUUCAGUAUAGAUAAUGAAGAUUAUGAAGCUGUAUCUGUAGAUAUAAAAUUGCUUCCAAGAAAACUCAAGUUUUUCUGCGAUUCCAACAAAAGUCAGCUCCAGUAGGUAGAGACCUUUCAGCUGUCAUGCUGAUAUUUGCCUUGAAAUUAAUUUCAUGCCCAGGAUCCACUUUUCUAUUUUUGAAUUUUCAAAGCAGUUGAAAGUCAGGAGUGCAAAGAAGACAUUGAUUGUAAAGACAUGUGCAUUCCAUCACCAUCGUUUCAUUCCUUCCCAUAUCUGCCCAUUAUUACCUUUUCUAAAGGUGCUGUUGUUAUGGAGGUCUGCUUGAUGAGAUUGGGUUUUCCUGCUGAUUUUAAGUUGACUCUUGUUCCAUCCCUUGAAACCAGCGAACUCCAGCAUGUCCAGAAACUGACCUACACCAUGCUGGAAAACAAAUCAAAGCUGGGAUCUCUUGAAAUCUAGCAAUCUGAUUCAGUCGUGUGACACUGUAUAGGGAAUCUAUCCAUCAAAAGAACUGGCUUCUUUAGUUCCCAUCCAUGUAACAGAAAUUUCCAUUUUAUAUUGUUGAUUCAAAGUGACCUGAAUAACUUCAUAGACAACAACUUAGUUUUGUAAAUAUUCUUGGUUUGGAAAAACAACAGUGGCUUUCAGUCUACAUGUAUUAAUGUUGCAAAUAUUGUAAUGAGAUUAAUGACACUGAGCUGCCUUUGUGCCUUAUUUGAGACAUCUCAGUGAUGGUCGGGACAUGAGGAAAUUUUGUUGCAUUUAGGAUUGCUUAUGACGACCUGAACAGUUAAGGAUGCAGCUUAGCAAUAUAUGUAACUAUUUACAUGAAUGAAUCUGGGAAAACUUUGCAGUUAUGUAACAUAGUGUGUAUUCAGCCUCUGCUGCUGGUGAGAGCAGCAUUUGGUUUGAGAUGUACUGUGGUCAUUUUUAUUGGUGACAUUGUCUUGUUGAUAGUGCAGCUAGUGAUUUUACUGAUUUUUGUAAAUAAAAUUGCUGAUUUGGAAAUGAUACAGGAAAACAUCCUUGCAGUCCUGUUUGACCCAUCUUAAUGUUGGUUAGGGAGUAGUUUGCAAUUAAAAUUCAUCAUGAAAUUUGGUACUGUGCCUCUGAAAUAGUCUCUGGUGUGUGUAAAAGAAAAAGUUCCUUGUUGCCCUGUACCUGCUGCUCUGCCACGUACAACUGAAGAAUUUAAAGACCAUCCACACUGUUGUGUAACUUGUGCAGAGUUUGAUGCUACAGGCAAGCUUGUUGAUAUUGUAAGUUUUCCAUAUUUUAUAUUACAUGGAAAUAAUUUUACUGAAAGCUAACAUCACAAAAUAAAUGAAGGUAAUAUCUGUGGAUUUUUUAAAAUAAAAUGUCAUGUAUCCAAAGCAGCUUGCUUAAUAAUAUUAAAGUCCAAUAUGCAAUUGUCUUUGGUGUUGUUGAUGCAGAAGUACUUAGCUGUCUCUGUUCAGUGAGCUAGAUUUGCUUGGAUGCAAUGAGACAAAAUGGUGUUGAUCAGGCAAUGAAGUUUAAUUCUCAAACAAGAUAGUUUUAUUAUUUUAUUGAGAUACAGUGUGGAAUAGGCCCUUCAAGCUGUACCACCCAGCUACCCACAAAUUUAACCCCAGCCUAAUCACAGGACAAAUUACAAUGACUAAUUAACCUACCAACCAGUACAUCUUUGGAAUGUGGGAGGAAACCAGAGAGUACCCAGAGGAAAUCCACACAGUCACAGGGAGAGCGUACAAACUCUUUACAGCCAGUGGCAGGUUUGCUUAGUAGCAAGAUAGAUGCCGGAAUUCUGAAAUAUUACAAAAUAUUGGAAACAGGUCAGCCUUUGCCUGGCCUCUUGAGAGGAAAAGAAUUGAUGCUACAGGUCAAUGGCCUUUAAUCAGAGAAGUGGGCCAUUGUGCAAGUGCACUAACAUCCAACUUUGAUUUGAUCUUAAGUGGUGUUUAUUAGGAAUUUUUAACCAGCAGUGUUCAAGCAGUCUGCAUUAUUACCAGGUCCAGUUGAUGAACUUUUAAUCUAAAGUUUCUUCUAAACCCAUAUCAUCGAGGUUGAGGCUGGAAAAUUAAAGCAUUUUUUAAUGUAUCUCAAGUAAUCUCUAAUAUGAUUAAUGAGAAAUGUAGUAUUAGGGAGACCUUAAUAAAAAGACUUCACAUUAACCAUUUGCAAUUAAUAACUCAGUCAGUUGUAACACAUUCUCUAUUUUACAGUAAUUCUCAAUAGGUACAUUUAAUGUCAGAGAAAUGUAUACGAUAUACAUCCUGAUUUUUUUUUACUUCACAAACAUCCACGAAAACAGAGGAGUGCCCCAAAGAAUGAAUGACAGUUAAACAUUAGAACCCCAACACCCCCCCAGCUUCCUCCUCCCACUCACAAGCAGCAGCAAGGCAACGACCCCCCCACCAACAAAAAAGCAUUAGUGCCCUCCACCGAGCACUUAAGCAUGCAGUAAAACAUCAAUUCUAGCCUUUAUUCAAAAUUACAUGUAUAAUCCUGAAUAAAAGCAUUGAGUCAGAUGUGCUUAUAUUUUCAAGAAAAGCUACAGGGAAGCUUGCUGAUCUUGCUGUUUCUCAUAUCCUACAUGAUUGUACAGGAAUUUUUCUUCAGUAGGAGCCAAUAAAAGCAAAGAGAAAUGACACCUUUCUAGUGUUGCUCCAGACUUGCUCAAUGAGUAAAUUCCGUAAAACGUGCAUAUGAUUGAAACUAUUUUUUCCAGGUAAAUUCAAAACCCAACAAUGUUGGUGCAAGACCUCUUUGUGACUGAAACUGAGAAUAUGAAAGUGAAGAGCUUUAACUCCCACUUGCCCUUUCUUGCAUUUUCUUUCAGGAAAAAUAAAAGCAUUGUUGAGAAAUAUUAUUAUGUAACAUUGUCUCUUCACUGUCUGUUUGAAAUUUGACAUUCCAGAGACUAGGCUAGGAACAAUCCAAUAAAAAAAGUUAUUAAAGACACCCUAAUUCAUAUCGCUCAUUUCUUUCUCUACUUGGUAAUAUUUUUGGUGUUUUCCCCUA